AUGGACAACAAGGUGUUCCACUACUCGGUCGUGGCAGAUCUGCCACGCAUGAUGUGGAAAAACCGCGCACAAGGUUCCCCAAAGCCCAAAGUGAUUUGCUACAGCGUGAAGGAUCAGCCAUAUCCAGCUAGCUGCAGAGGCUACUUGUCGACAGAGCCUACACUGGACCCGAACGAAUGGGCGCAAUACGACGCUUUUCGCGCAUUGCCAAUCAGAGAGGUCAACAUUCAAACCGAUGAUGAUGCUCAGAAUAUCAAGCGCGACAUCAUCUACGUAUGCUGCGCGCCGAUCUGGGAAGACACAUACUUCCUAAACUACAAACACCGUCAGUACGGCUCAGUCGAUAUCAUUGCUACAGCUCAAUCGCUUUGA